UUGCAAAACAGUUCAAUUGUUAAUAAAUUAUAUAAAUUCAUGCAUAUUUAAAUAUUUUAUUUUCGUUUCAUAUUUAUUUUGUCCGUUUUGGUCUUAAUUACUUUAACAUCCACUUCAUGUAAUUUAAUCAACGUAAUCGAACAACGAAGACAACUAUAUAAAUAUUUGAUGAUUUUCAAACAAAUAUUUAGGAAGAUAAAAACUCCAGAUAAAAAGUCAAAUAAGAAAUUUGAUUUUUACGUUAACUUCGACGAUGAAAAUGAAAAUUUAAAUUGUUCAUUUAAAUUGCUGUUGCGAUUGCUAAUUUAAUUACGCCUGAUUCUCGCACGACGGGCAACGAUCCAUUUCAAUUCAAUCUAGAAACUCUUUUCGACUCGUACGUUGAAUUGCUCGUAUUAAUUACGUAAAAAAUUACGACUGUUACAUCGUACGAGAAAAAAAAACAAAUAGACGACUGAUGGAAUAUCAUUAUCUAACGACCGCAGGGAUGAGGCGCAGCACGUGAGUCAUGCAAUUCGAAACGAUUUGUAUCAAAUUCAAACUCAAUAUAAUGAAAUGACGUCAUCAACCAUCAGCCAAUAAAGCUCCAAUUUCUAAUCGGGAAGAUAAAAGCAAAAUCUUAAUCUUAUGGGAUUUAAUGAAUCCUCUCAAGUGAAAGUAGUGAUGCACCAGUUGUUUUGACAUUGUGUCACGAGGCCCAGGGAUCAUUGCGCAGUGCUAACUGUCAAAAAGCCAUUGUGCUCAAUGCUAAUUAUUUAAUUGAAUCGUACGAAUUGCUAACAAAAGCGAUUGAUUCAAUUGUUAAACGAUGGAGAAUCAACCAUUAACUACAGGGGAUGAUAGACCUCCGUCUUACGCAGCGGCCACCGCACUAAAAGGUUACAAUGCAACACAAUGUGGAGGAUCUACUUCUUGGCCUCCACCUCCGGGAUAUUUUCCUAGCACUAGUGGAACUAAUAAUUACAACUAUGUACCUUCUUAUGGUUCUACACAAUCAACCACAAUAAUUAUGCCAGAGAUAAUUUUAGUUGGAGGAUGUCCUGCAUGCAGAGUGGGCGUAAUGGAAGAUGAUUUUACAUGUCUGGGACUACUGUGUGCAAUCCUGUUCUUUCCAUUUGGAAUAAUUUGCUGCUUAUUGUUAAAGACUCGGCGUUGUUCUAAUUGCGGUGCCUAUUUCGGUUAAUAUGUUACUAUGUGUAGUGACACGACUCUGACGGGAAGUAAAUGCAUUAUUAAGCUAACUUAAAUGCAACUACUGUAAUAAUUUAAAUAAGGAAGUGUAAAAACAAAGCAUAAGAAAUUAAUUUUUUACUGGUAUUGUGCAACUGGGUGAUAAUCUAUGUAAGGUAUUCUAAGGGAAAGUAAUGUUCCAAUGAUUAGGGAUGUAUACAAUUGGUAAUUAUGAGAAACACAAGUUUGUAAAAUGUUGACAUACAAUUAAGCAUUUAAUACUCUAUGCAUUUAAAACUUUGGUGAUUUAAACAGAACUUGUGCUAUUUUGUAAAUUUUAUGCAACUUCCUGUAAGGUAUUGAUUAACGUUGUUGCUCUUUAAUAUAGGAUAUUUUGUUAUAAUGAAAAAUGAAAUAGUUUAUAUUUAUAUAUAUUAAUAUUAUUAUAUACUUUAAAAUAUAUAAUAUAUAGAUAUAGCAUAGCAUUUUAAAUAUAUUUCUAUCAGAUAAUAAAAAAAAAGCAAUGAAAAUGAUUCGGAAUCAUGUACUUAAAAUAUAUUUGCAGAUAUAAAAGUUAUCUUAAACAGAUUUCAUUGAAAUUCUUUCGUAACCAGUACUUACUGAUUAGGAGUAUUUUGCAUACAAAGUAUUUUGAAUAACUUUUAAUAAAAUAACUUAUCAAAGUUUAUAUAUUUUAUUAAAAAUAAAUUCAAUGAAAUUUGUGGCCUGUGCUUUUAUUAUUUACGUCAUUGUUUUACAGCGACGUUUCUUGAUGCAUAUGCACUUGUAAUGCGUUUCUAAAAAUACGUUUGAAUCUCAAAGGGGAAACUUAGUAAAUCUUUUCCUGUAAAUGUAGUCGAUGUUGUAAUGAAUGUGAGAGUGUGAGUGAAAUGAAACUUAUUAAUCAUUCGCAUUGCAAUUUAUAUUUUUAUAAAACAAAUGUCAUUCUAAUGUUGAUAGAAAUUAUCUCUAUUUGUUAAAUUGGUCCAGAUCUGACUUUUGAAAGGAUUUCGGUCUAUAAUUUUACGCUGACUAGAUUCAAACGAAAAGAAUAAUAUAUUGUAUUAUGCUAGAUGAUGUACUAAGACACUAAGUACCUGAAAACACGAAAUAUUUUUCUAAACUACUAAUAAUUCUUCUGUAAACAGAAAGGUACGUUUGGCUUCUCUAAAAACAUAUUUGUAUAACACAAAAUGAAACUGUUAUUAAAAACUGCAAUUAUUAUUAAUUUUUGAAACUAUAAGAAAUUUCUAAAUACUGUGUAACACAGGUGAAACAUACCUAUAAGAUAAAUAUUAAGUAACAUCAAAUAAUACAAUUAUACAAUGUUUAAUGAUUUAAUUAAUGAUUAAUAUUCGAUUACGAAUAUAUUUCGUUCUCAGAGAUCUUGUUCCUUGAAUACACAGAUCAACAUAUUUAAUACAAAAUAUGAACAGUAUUAUUCGUGUUGAUUGAAAUUUGGUACUCUCGGCGGUUGUAAUUCAAGAAACUCACAUCCUAAUGAUAUUAGACACUGUACACGCGAUAUGUGAAUGAUAUAUUCGCACUUCAUCAUGAUCUUCAACAUGCAUAUUCAUAUAUGCGUAUGUAUAUGACAUAAGUGUUUUCUUUUUUCGUCGCAUUAUUGGAAUGUAUACAAUCAUUAUCGAA